ACAUCAUUGUAGAAUAAUAUCAACUAGCAUCAACAAACGGUUUGAUUUUAAGACAGUGAUAUCAUUUUCAUUUCAUGAAUAUAUAUUUAGUGAUGAAAUUGUUGUUGUUAUUGGUGUUGUUAGUAUUUUAUGGGUGGGUUGAAUAUAUUUGUCAGUGCGUGUUUCUAAUUUGUGCUAUGUAGACUCUCGUCAGCAGAAUCCUCGUGAAGUUAAGCCUGCUCAGUCAAGAGUGUAUCGAGUUAUUUACCUAUAACUGAAUGAACGAAUCAAUGUUACAUCAGUAUUAUUUCUAUGCUAUAUUGUCUAGGAUGUUUGUAACUAGAGUACCAUCUCACUUUUCCUCUUUGACAAUGAUGCACACAUUUAAAGAGUCUUUAAUGGCAGUGGGAGCUGGUAUUUCUUUGUCUGAUUCAGUGGUAACAUUUUAAUAUAUGAUGUUAGUUUCCUAACUGAUGAAUGCUCACUCCACUUUUUUAAGCUGCUAGGGUCAUGAAGGACGGGGAUGGCCCGUUGUUGCUUCCAUAAUCUGCUAGCAGGCAUGAAUGCUAAAGAGAUGUUUCUGGUACCCUUUGCAACAAAUGGAUACGGGUAGCAUUUGUGGGGAUUGGCAAGGAGUAUUUUAGGUGUUGUUUGAGUUAAGGGGCUUGAUUCCUAACCUUAACAUAUUUAAAAACCUUGAUAAAAGGUUGUCAUCCCUUUCAUUUUUUCUCGAACGCCUCACUCAAUUCCGUAUCUGAACCAACUAGAGAAGGCUGGUUUGGAGAGUGGUUUUAGCUAAUUGUCAGAGAAAAUUUGAAUGCAGUGACAACCCAAAUUCUGAUUUUAUUAGUCAUAUUUCUUUCUUUUUUAAAAUGUACGACACAUGGCAAGCAAUUGAACCUCUCCAGUCCACACCACUUGCUGUGAAGCAUCCCAUAAACUUUUCUCCAGUGUCCUUGGCUGAUUAUGGUGCACCAAGAACCAGGUUUGCAGAAUUCCACACAUGUAAGAUACAACACCCUUCUCAUUCUUCACAGUUGAUAGAUAAUGUGCUCUGUGCAUCUCCAAGUGAAAGAACCAAUGCUCUAACAAUAUCACCAGGACUUAAAGAUAAGUGCAUAUCUACUUUGUUGAUCUCAGUUGCUCUAACAUCUUGUUGCCUUAUGGUUCUGAUUUUUUUUAGCAGUCAGGGAAUCACCUUGGUAACUCUAGCUAUAACAACUGAGUCUGGCUGAUGAACAGAUCCAUGUGCCUUGUAUCCAGUUAUAGAAGAAGUCUGAGUCCAAACGUAGUAAUAGAACAAUGGCUUCAUUCUGUGCAGCAGAAGAUAUGAUGUCUAUGUAUAAAAAGAAAUGUGAAGGCCCUGUGAAGAAUGGGCUAAAAGUUGGAUUUCUCAGCGUUUUGUUCUUGUUUUUACUUAUUGUUUCGUGAUAUGUCCCUAUGAAUUAUGUAGAAUGUACAAUCACAUUUAUGUAUGAAUUUGAG